AUGCAGUCUGAAAGCAGCUUGGAACUUCUCCAGGGCCUUCUGAUUUAUAUUGCCUGGUAUCAGUACUUCUUCAGUUAUGAGAAGCAACAAAUUGUUCAGCUUGCACAACUUUGUGUAUCACUGAUUCAGAACUUGGGACUUGACCAGAAUCCAGACAACAAAAGACGCACAGUAGACCUCGGGCCGGAUGAAACAGCGGCUGGUCGAAAGGCUGCUCGUUCUACAGAUCAGCUGCGGGCCCUUCUUGGAACAUACUGCACAGCCAGUUGGUAA